UCCUUGGCGAGACCAAAUUGAACGCUCGGUGAAAGAAAACAUUUGUUAUUUAGUGUGUGCUCUGUUUGUAGGAAAAAUAACUCUUUAAAACAAACGAUUCACACUAAAACCAACAACAGUGAAAUAAGACUGUCACGGCGUUUAAACGGGAGGCGUUUAUCCGGUCACGACAUCAUGGAUCAGGACUAUGAGUGCAGGCUACUCAGACAGAUCAACAUCCAAAAUGAGAAUGCAAGUCCCAUAAAAGCUGUAGGGGUGAUGCGAGCUCUGACACCCACAAGCUCCCCUCUGUCGUCGCCUAGCAAGCAUGGUGAUCGCUUCAUUCCCUCCCGGGCCGGAGCCAACUGGAGUGUUAACUUCCACCGCAUCAAUGAAAUUGAAAAGUCACACAAUCAAAACCGGAAAACCAAAGACGGAACAACAGACAACAACAAAGCCGACGGUCUUGCAUACUCAGCACUGCUGAAAAACGAGCUGUUAGGAGCCGGGAUCGAAAAAGUCCAGGACCCUCAGUCAGAGGACCGCCGUCUGCAGCCGUCUACUCCCGCCAAAAGAAGCCUUUUUAGUUAUUCUGUUAGUGCUAAGCGAGCCCUGCCUGAAGAGGAUGGAAACACAGUCUCUCCAUAUUCUCUGUCACCUGUCAGUAGCAACAGCCAGAAACUGCUGCGGUCGCCAAGGAAACCUACACGAAAAAUAUCAAAAAUUCCCUUCAAAGUUCUGGACGCUCCUGAGCUGCAGGAUGACUUCUACCUCAACCUAGUGGACUGGUCCUCUCUGAACGUGCUCAGUGUUGGACUUGGUACCUGUGUCUACCUGUGGAGUGCCUGCACCAGUCAGGUGACCCGCCUAUGUGACCUUUCUGUAGAAGGAGAUUCUGUAACGUCAGUGGGCUGGUCAGAGAGGGGUAACCUGGUGGCUGUGGGGACUCAUAAAGGUUUUGUUCAGAUCUGGGAUGCAGCAGCAGGAAAGAAGCUUUCUGUAUUAGAAGGACACACAGCCAGAGUGGGUGCGUUGGCCUGGAAUGCAGAUCAGCUGUCAUCUGGGAGCCGUGAUCGAGUGAUUCUGCAGCGUGACAUCAGGGCCCCGCCUCUUCAGUCGGAGCGACGUCUCCAAGGACACAGACAGGAAGUGUGCGGCCUUAAGUGGAGCACGGACCACCAACUGCUUGCUUCAGGUGGAAAUGAUAACAAGUUACUGGUGUGGAACCACUCAAGUGUCCUCCCAGUGCAGCAGUACACAGAGCACUUGGCUGCAGUGAAGGCCAUCGCCUGGUCUCCUCACCAGCACGGCCUGCUCGCCUCUGGAGGUGGCACUGCCGACCGCUGCAUUCGCUUCUGGAACACUCUGACAGGGCAGCCGUUGCAGUGCACGGACACCGGCUCUCAGGUCUGCAACCUGGCCUGGUCUAAGCACACCAAUGAACUGGUCAGCACACAUGGUUAUUCCCAGAACCAGAUCCUGGUGUGGAAGUAUCCCUCUCUCACUCAAGUGGCCAAACUAACAGGACAUUCCUACAGAGUACUCUACCUGGCCAUGUCGCCUGAUGGAGAAGCCAUAGUAACAGGAGCUGGAGAUGAAACCCUUCGCUUCUGGAACGUCUUUAGCAAGAUGAGAUCCACUAAGGAAUCGGUGUCAGUGCUGAACCUUUUCACCAGGAUCCGAUAGUGAGGGCGCCUCUGUGCUGCGAGGGGAUUAAUCCAGGAAGGGAAUUUUAUCUUUGCAUGUAACAUGUUAUUGCAAGCUGUACAUGGCCACUUCUUUAAAUAUUCACCUCAGUGGUCGACAGAGGGCUUAUUAGGAGUUAUUCAGCCAAGUUGUAGAUGGAGGUGGGAGCUGAGGUGGUGCACAACCUGAGUUUCAAGUAAAGAGGGGGCUUUUACAUGCAAAUAUACAGUAUUCUAGUUAUUCCUAUAUGAUGGAGUCACUGGCUCCCCAAACAGACAUCUUUGAUGACAUGGAGAAUUUUGUGGGUCGGGUUUCCUUCCCCCAUGUGAUUUUUUUUGUUUGUUUACAGACUGGUGUUGCGCUCACCUGCCAAAUUAUAAGUUUGUCCUUUUGAUUGUCUAUUUAUUUGAUUCUGUUUCUUUUUUUUAUGUCUAAUUUUAACAUAUUCUUGCGAGUGUGUUUGUUUUGAGGGUUGGUUAAUUUCCUUUUGUUUGUGUGACUGAGGUUUUUAGUUGUAUCUGUGGAGUGUGAUUAGCUUUGUUCAGGUCUGCAGAAAAAUCCUAACUAAUCUUUUUAUUUCACGAAAAAAGACAAUAAUGUUUUGUGGACACUGACUUACAGAUCACUUAUUCCAGUGUUGAUGUUUUAACAGGGAUUGGACAAACAGGACUGAUGUCUUUUUCUUUUUUUUUAAAUCUAAUUCUAUCUUCAUAACAGGCGGUGUCAGUUCAUGUUUCAUAAUCUCACUAGGAAAUGUUGUAUUGUCAUACUGCACAUCUAAAAAGAAAAUAACCAUCAGAACAGUUGCUCAGACAAAAAGGAGUUUUUAUUGUGACCUGUGUGGAAGCUUUUCAUUUGUCUUUCUUCAAUUGAAAAUCAGGCAGAGAGCAUUAAAAUGAACACUGGUUUUGAUAACAGCGACUAAGGCAAAAAGAAAAACAUUUGGGAUUUAAUCGGAGUGAAAUGCACAGCGUCUGAUUUUUUUGUGUUUUGCUGUGUUUGCUAAGAUAUUCAAGCUCAAGGCACUUUUCUUUUGCAGCGUUGAGAGCAUUUCUGUGUUGAGAAGUGCCAGUGUACUUUGUUUUUUAAUAAGGAAAAAAAAUAUUGUAUAAUCUGCUUCAUUUUCUCUCCUUUUUUUCCCCCUUGUUUGAAUGUUAAAGUCAACUAGCAUACCCCAUAUAAACAAUUGCUAUUUAUUUGUGUUGUGUACAGAAAUGGCAUGUUUGUUUACUAAUUUUAUGUGAGGGAACCUGAUUGGCAGUUUCACUGCCACACUCUAUGGACAUUUCUUUUAAUGCCACUUCAAAAUCAAGACAAUGCUGCCAUCUUGAACUACAGAAAGAAUGUUAAGAAGAAAAAAAUAUUUCUGUACUGAGAGAUAAUCAACCAUUAAAUGAACAUAUCUUGUACCUUA